AUGACGGCAAGAAUAGUGUUCCGUGUAUAUGUUCUGGCUCUUCUGCUCUACAGCGCAGUAACUCAAAAAUGUCCCGCAGGUGGUAGAUCCGAGAGCUCCAUCGUGGGCUGGAUGUUACGAGGACACGUGUACGACACUCUUCUCGCUGAACUUCCGUUUACGUGCGUAUUCAAGUGUCGCGAAGACAAUCGAUGCCAAAGUUUUAACUGGGUUAUAUCUCUUCUCACGUGCGAGUUUAACAACAGGACAAAGGAAGCCAGACCUGAAGACUUCAUCCCAAACCAAGACAGAUCUUACUAUCGACGCGAUUUACAACGAGGUAAGCCAUCAUUAAGUGCCGGGGGUAAUCUUAUAUAUCAAAGAGCUGUAUAAGAAAUUUCACUGCUUGAAGUAUAUGAAAGUCUAGGAAAGAUAGUCAUCUCUUCAGGCCUAUAAAUGGCCUAAACGAGCGAACAGAUUCAUUUUAUGGAUGAGAAAAAGUGACGGAAAUAUUUCUGGUUUUGUGCUAAUUCAAGUUUAAAGGACAGAGCAUUUACAGCAGUUAAGAGGGAUGCAAAAUUACCGUAAAAUCCCAUGUUGAAGCCCCCCCCGGAUUUAUACCCAUCCAUUUGCUAACGAAAAUAUUAUUCUGGAUAUAAGCCUUCCCCCGGGAUAUAAGCCGGUCUUAUGUAUAAGCGCGUUUUGUAAAACAGUAGCCACUUGAAUUGGAACUAUGAAACACAGGAAAUUGUUUUUUUGAACCCCCCCUGCCCACACAAAACCCUUUAUGAAGUUAUAUAAGCCUGGGGCUUUAACGUUGAAUUUUACGGUAGUUCUGUACUUGGUAUGUUCAAUAAGUAGCAUUCGUGAUGGAAGGAAUACGAAAGAGGUACCUUUUUUGUCAAAAACGUUAUAUUAAAGGGUAAGGGGUUGGACCUCGGGGGGGAACCUCCCCGUAUAAAACUUUGCUGAGUAGCGCCCCGUACAUAAAGUAAACACUAUGCAGGGGUAAAGGCAAACUGAUAAUAAAGGAUUGUUUUUUUAACCUUUCAGUUCGCCUUGGUUCGAUUCAAGAACUACCAGCUGAGACUUGUGACGAAAUAAAGAGGAGUGAAGGACACGCUGUUAGCGGGAAAUACUGGUUUUCAACUAUAAAAUCUGGUACAUCUGUCUUGGCUUAUUGUAAUAUGGAGACCAACGGUGAGUUUAUAGUCAGUUAUAUAAUCUGCGACUGCCGUUAAGUUCAUUGUGUCCUCUGAUAAGUUAAUUUAUGAUUAUUAGACGACUGACGUAAAUCAUUUCAUAUUUAGUCACGGAUGCGGCGACUGAUGAAAAGUUAACUGGUAGAUUUAAACUGAUAAGACACGGACAAAAAAAGAGAAAUUUUAAGGGAAAAAAGACUCUUGUCACGGAGGAACGAGUGCUGUUCGCGUCACAUGUUAAGGCCUGAGUAAAUACCCUUCAAUAAUUUUUUCAUCAAUCAAUAUGCUUGUUGUAGACAUUGACGAAUGCGGUGCUUCUUCUCCUGUAUGUGACAUCAAUGCCAACUGCUCCAAUACUCGUGGAUCGUACAUCUGUACCUGCAGGGCUGGAUAUACAGGCGAUGGAAAAACUUGCCAAGGUAGGAUAAAGGUCGAUUUACUGUGAUAACAACGAAGAUGGCAGAUUCCCAGGGAUUUGUGGACGACCAGUAAAAAUCGGCAAUCCAUCAAAUCCAGUCCGUUUAAUUGAGGGCAGUGCACGGCAUCAUGCCUCGGGUUAUACCUCUGUCAUUAGAAACUUUUUGGGUAAAUGUAUCAAAUUCUUUAAAAGGCCGCGCAUAAAGAAUUAAAACGUUUCAAGUACGUUAUUUAACCGAAAAGUAAUGCUGUAGCUGCUUAGUAACCCACAUAGACCGGUAGAAAAACAAAAUUAUGAAGCAACAGCACCGGGCAACCCUAGGUUUUGGAACAGCCUAUAUAGAUAAACUCUGCUUUAGAAGAAUUAUGAGAGAUGUAUAAAAAACAUUGAUCAGUUCAGGCGUGGACAACUCGAUGGCGAAGAAGAAGAAAGCUCUAAGACGUUUUGUUCCCUGUUGAGGAAAUUCAGACUGUUUUCAACGGGGAUCGAACAAGGUUGAAUAUUUUCAUUAUUAAUUCAUUAUCAGAGGCGGAUCCAGGAUUAUUCGUAGGAGGGGUUGCACUACUAAGGAAUGGCGUAAUUGACUGGUGACGUAAACAAAUUUUAAUAGCGAAUACGAAGAAGAAGGCUUUCGACUAGGCAAUAACAUAAUGUGAACUGCUGAGAAUACAUAUCAAAUGAUAAAGCAGAUUUUGUAUAACUGUGAAGCAGACUGCACAGUGUUAAUUAGAAAGCCGCAGGUCAUUUCAGGGGGGGUGCGCACCCCCUGCACCCUCCCCCUAGAUCCGCCCCUGAUUAUUAUUAUUUGAUUUUAUUUUGUUAUCAAGGAGCCUACGAUAGAUCCUUGUGGAACUCCAAUAUGCUUUUUUUUCUAGACAUUGACGAGUGCAGUGCUUCUCCUCCUGAAUGUGACAGCAAUGCCAACUGCUCCAAUACUCGUGGAUCGUAUAUCUGCACUUGCAAGGAAGGAUACGACGGCGAUGGAAAAACUUGCCGAGGUAAGAGAAAAUAAUUAGCUUAUCUAAAGACCAGUCACUUUACUGUUAUAACAUCAAUUAUGGAAGUUUCCUGAGGACGUGCGACAUCAUAGCAUUCAAAUUGGUGGCUAAUGAGAUCGGCAAUCCGCUUUCUUAUCCAUCAUUGUAUGACGUCAUACCUCAUGUUAUGCUUAUGCUGAAGCCUGUAUCACGGAGCGAGUAACUUCCAUGUACUCUUGUCACGGCGUUUUCACCAAUGAUUUUGGCGCGAAUUUAGAAUUUCGGUCCCCAAAACCAGUCAGCAAAAGGAAAAUGCCUGAAAAUAACAUUUUUGACUUUUAACCCUUUCACUGCCAAAUAUAGCCAAAGGCAAAUUCGACCAGAUUUCCAAAUUUCAUUUUCUAAAAUUUUGAAAAACAAAUAGCACCAUGUGAAAGUACCGGUGAAGAGGUUUCAUUUAAAUGGUCACAUCUCCCCCUUUUGAGUCUGCAGACUCAAAAGUUAGAGUCACCUUACAAAACUCCAUCAAACACUUUGGCAGUGAAAGGGUUCAAUAACUCUGCAUCAUGAGCCGCCACUUAAGACUGAUGCGCUACCUCACUUUCGUCCAAAGUGCAAAUGGCGCGUAAAUUUAAAUCAUCUAGUUCAUAAUAAGGAUUAGAUUUGAAUAAGGAUGUAGGACGUUACAUUCAUACUUAUUGAUGCAUACAUGCACUAUUCUAUAAUUUAAUUCAUGUCUACAUUUUGUUGCACGUAUAACGUACUUAUUUUUCUAAAUAUAUAAUUACCUCUUUUAAGAAGUAAUUACUUAAAACCACCAUUAGCAAUUAUUGAAUGAGGCUGAGUAGGAUAAAGAAUUUUGCAGAUUGAGGAGGUUGUUGAGGUGCAUAACAUCCUCCGAGAUUUGCAUGAUUCUUUACAUUACACGAAAGCCUAAUUCAUUCAUUGUUUUAUUUUUCUUUCAAAAUAUCUCUUAAUUCUUGCUUACCAAUUUACCUCAUCGAAGACUUUCUUCAAAUCUUUGGCCCAUUUCUCGGCACAGUCUUGCAGUGCCCCCCCCCCCCAAAAAAAGUAGAUAACAUCCAUCUAGUAAUUUGUUUUGUGUAUUCUUGCAAUUCUUUUGUUCAGUUUUAGAUUAAAAUUCAACUGUUCCGGAUAGUCGUGAGAGUUCAGAGUUCUAUAAUCAUCUAGGCGGCCGUGCCUGGAAACGAAGUUGAUCGAUUUUAUAUUUAGAAGAUUCGAGCAAUAUACCGUCGAUUUUAUAGCAUAUUGCUCCAUCUUCCAAAUAUGGUAAACGCCAGUUGAUUAGGGGCUUUGAGCCAAUCAGAAACGGCGAAAUAUUUUAAAUUAAUAAUUGUAAUUAACGUAUUUUAUUUACGCAAUUUCAUUUUACAAGUUGUUCAUUUAUGUUCAGAUUAGCGAAACAAGCUCUAUACAAACAAAACGAAAUAGAAAGCAAUACUGUACUGUGAAACUAAUCAAAUAAGUUUUUUCAACUCACGUUUUUUGAUGUAAAAAUCGAAAAUUUGUGGGUGGUAAUCUUUCGCAUUUCUGGUGUCUGGCAUGUUGGGUGGGGGAAUUUAAUUACAAGUGUCGGUUUAAUACAGGUUGGAAACACUAAAAAUGACCAUUUCAGGUGCUCUUCAGGUGUCCACGUCCGCUUAAAGGGAAAUAAAUUUGGGGACUUCGGCUACUGUCCGCUUAAUAGAGGACAUUCGCUUAAUGCGGUGUCCGCUUAAUACAGGUUUCACUGCAAGUGGUAUCAGUUUCGAAAAAAGAUGUUACCUGAAUUACCGUUUCUUUUCUCUUCCCUUAUAUCAGUUUUUUUAGAGGGACUGACUGACUCCGUUAUCGUAGGAGAUAAUGUGCAACACUUAUCUAAUUUAAGCACAUGGCUCAAACCAGUCGCCCAAAGCGAAUCUUCAAAAUGGAAGCGCUGUUGGCGUGCGUCCGUGGAUGGCUGGCCUGCCAGUACUUUUCACACCGGAUGUGACAACAAAGGACCAACUGUAACAAUCAUAAGAGUCGGAGGGAAAUACAUAUUUGGAGGGUACACUAACCUCUCAUGGGGUAAGUGAUCUAAUUUUAACAGUCAGUAAACACCAUACAAAGCCGGCCACCUUUUAGUAUUACACCGUCGUUGCGCAUACUAAACUGGAGGGAUUGUUGGCGUACGGACCCCCUCUCCAACAAUACUCUUUACUUACUCUCUCCAUUUUAACAAAACAAUGUUUGGGAAUACGGGUUUGCAUGUUUAACAUCAAUUCUGUAGGGUUACUUCAUCAAGGAAUCGUAUUCGUAAUCGUAUUUGUAGCGUUGUUUCAUGCAAGAAAGUCAAACAAUGAUACCAUUAAGAAAAUUAACAGCUUUUUCAAUAACAACAUGAAUUUAAAACAAGUGUUAUGGAAAAAUGAUGGAUAUGGGCGUUAGAAUGGGUUAGCGCUAAAUCUUCACGAAGACGACUUUCUCUCGGAUUUUCCAUGAAUAAAGAGCAAAUAAGGCGAAGUAGUAGUAUACAAGGUGAGGAAAGUUCUGUUACACAAGGAUGACACCUUGACACUGACUUACACCGGUGCUUAAUCACCGGUGUAUGUAAGCGGUUAUAUUACCAGUCGCAUCUCGUCAAGUAUUUUUUGCAAGCCAUGUUACUUUUGACUUUUGAGCUAACUUGAAUGGGUGCGGCUGGAACUUAAAACGUAAAGGGUGGAACUUCGGGAGUUGGAUCAGCUUUCUCUUCCAUAUACUAAUGAUUUAAAAAAAAUUUUGUUGUGAAUUUCUUAGCCAAGAAAUUGUCCAGGGUUUUUCGCAGGUUGCUUUUUCUGCUUUUUGUUUUUCGUUUUUUGUUUUUUUUUAAAGACAAUGUAUUUGGUUGUUAAUUCAGAGCAGUGUUGGCAACCACGAACAGGCGGCCGCAGCGCAAUGCCGUAAUACCAGCCACAUGCAGACGGAAACGCAGAGUUAAUUAUGAAAAAACCUCUUUGCAUAUUAUUUGUCCUUUUGCAAAGUUUCCACGACAACACCAAGUUAAUUAUCAAUUUUUCUUGCAUGUCCUUUUGCAAAGCUUCCACGCCAUCCACUUUGACGAACAUACCAAUGGCUUUGCUACCGGGCAUCAAAAGAGCUAUUAUAAUCAACGUUUCGGUGGUCUUGCGCCAAGUCGUGGGCCUCAUGCAGUUUAUAAUAUCUCUCCACAUCUUAGUUUGAAAGGCGUUUCUCUUGCUAAUGAGUUGGAAACCGAGGGCCUCUUUUGACUUUCCCGUGGAAACAAGAACUGCCAGCUUUUCGCGUUGUUCUGGAAUGUUGUUGGCGGGUAGCGAAAUAGGUAAAUCUGAGGGUAUCGAGUUGUCCACAGUGGCUUCCAGGAACUGCGGCAUAAUAUCGUCGUUGAGAGAUUGUUAGUAUGCAUGUUAUUCAGUCAUGGCGUAUAUAUUAAUUGAAAACUUUUAUUCGGUAGGAAUGGCCCAGGGCAAAAGCGAGAUGGGAAAAUUAUUGUUCUUUCAGCUUGACUUUCAGUUCCUUGUACUUGUCGCUCGCCCGCGUAGUCUUCAAAGAUAGCCUUCUUGGUUUUGCCCGACGGAUUGUUAUUAGUUGAGCCUGAAGGCCUAGGACUCCCUUUCUGUGUUCAUUGUGCAAGUGCUGGAGUUGCCCAUGAAUACACAUUGUGCUUCUCACUCCACCCCUCUUUAAGAACAUCUUUAAAGUCUCUCUAUGUAGUUUUUGGGAGCAAUAAGAUUCAGCUAAACUAGCAAAUUAUCUAGUUUGGGCUCACACGUAUGUGAGACAUGAGGUGCAUUGCAUGUCGCCAACCGUUUCCACUACGCGUAAAGGGCGCCAGCUACUAUUUUUAAAGCGCAACGAAAUGUCAUGUGAAAAUUGGCGGGAAAACGAAAGAAAGACUGGAAUGAAAAAAUGAAAUCCUGAGAUGUGUUUACACAAAAAAAAAACGUUCGUUCCCAAACAUUCCGCUCCCUUGGGACGCCUAGGGUUGGAGAUCCAGCAUCAUGCAGCACUAUAGAGGUCCUCAUAAUAAGUCUCCAAAAGACGGCAAGUUUUGACUAACGCCACCAAGGUUCCAGCGACCUCGUUAUGCAUUUUCUUCAAACAGAAGUACCUGAGCAUUCGGUUUCAAAUUAGGAAGAGCCCUGCGCCCUCUCUCUCUAACUUGCAAUAAGGGAAGAUACUCUCGCAACGACCUCUUCCAAAAAAAAUCCACCAGAACGUUCACCUGCCUCCACUUUCUUCGAUGGAAUUGUUCUGUCCUUUCAAAAGAACCUGGGCGUAAGCAAACAGUCUUUCUGUGCAUUAUGAAGUGAGAAGGGAUGAUUGGCUGAAGGUCGUGUGGGUUGUGUGGUGCCUGAUCUGUCACACCUCAGUUGGACCACCUUGCCGCGACGAUUUUUGAACAUUGUGAAACACAUUAUGAAAUCCUGUAUGACCACUGAGUGGGUCAACUCGAGAAGAAUCGCACGUGUGUUCAAGAAUUAACGGGAACAGGCACCACCAACGUUUCACUGUACUCCCUUUAAGCUUGACGUCUAAAGGGGACAAAAAGGUCCAUUCCAGAGAAGGAAUUGAGUGGCUGAUAAGCCAUCAUGCGACUUGUCAGAAGAGGUAUCAUUUGCUGAGUUAUUGGCUUACUAUGAAAUUUGUUGCAGACAAUACAUCGGCUGAGAACAGAGCAAAGAAGCAUCCCGAUCUGAGAAAUCCAAAACUUCAAGCGUACUUUCGCAAUAAUAUGUUCACGCUCGGGGUGACCGAUCAAUUCAUAGGUGUGGCGAAUCAUCGUUCGCGUAGCAAAGCUAGAGCUCCUUUGGAGGUUGAUCUGAUUUGUAGAGAUGAUGGCGGGGAUAACAGACGCCCUUUGACUCUCAAAACUCCGUGACCAGCAAGUACAAACAAGUACAAACUCGCGAUUUUACUGGAUGGCUUGACACUAGCACUACCCCUAGAUAUGAGAUCCUUGAUUUCUUGUGAAUAAGCCGAAUGCUGAAAGAAUCUUAUAAUUCCUGUAGUAACAGCAUCAUAUACAUCUGGAGUUAGGUAACCUUUUAGAGCAGUAUUCAGACAACGAAAGAACUGGAAAAAACGGACAAGCCAAGCUAUGAGGACUAUAAACGUAUUUUAAACAGACGAACUAGUGAGCAGUCUGUGACGAACAUCUGUUGGUGCUACAGUGAGACGCAGGGAUCAAGAUCAGAGUUAACACUUUGCGUACCAGGCUCAACAUGAGACUCGUACUUUAACUAUAAUUCUUCAACCAGAAUACUGCUGCAUUAGACCAACGGGAUUCAGGUCGCUAUAGAAACUCAGGCUCUUGUAGCCAUCGGUGAUGUUUGACUCCAAGGGAGUCAAGCUGCGCAAAAUGUCUUCAGCUGGAUUUAGGAAUCCUGGCACGUGAUUCCAUUGUUCCGGCUGAGAGUUCUCUCUUAUUUCUUCUACACAAUUGAUAAUGUCUAGAAGGGACGUUUUGCGUUCUUCAAGUAGGGGAGCACUAUCUCGUUAUCUGUCCAGUACUUCGUGCAUUUGAUAGGCAGAUCCAUUUUCUUCAUUAGCGUCUUUGCGUGUUGAAGGCACAGCUGCUUGUAGUUCAAGCCGUGGAAUGCUUACAAACUUAAAUGAAGCAUUUCUUGACUACCCCUUGAGGAACGAGCAAUGGAUAAAACUAGCCAAAUCCUCAACUCUUAGGUAUGCUGAUUUACCGUAACAAACGUCUGAGGAAAUCUGAGGAUAUAUGCAGUUACAGUUUACACUUAAAGCCACUAAUUUUGCGUUGGAAUUUGGCAACGUUGUAUGCGAAGCUGAGCCAGGGAUGACGGCUGAUUGACCCAAGACUUUUAACUGACAAGGAAGCCCCCUUCCAAAGGUUGAUCCUAAUCCAACCUUGCGCCCCGAAGCCAAGAAGGAUCGCACAAGGAACAAAUGGAAGGCAGGACUCCUCGCUUUGUCUCAGGACGUGUAAAGUCCCUUUUAUUGAACCCUAGUUCAUCUGUUUCUACAAACCACCAGCACCAAAAAGGCUCUCUCCGGAGUUAACUCAUUCCAGUCAGGGUUCAGUUCAGAAGGUACCUUGGAUAGAGCGCUUCCAAUCUGAUGUUAAACUAAUUAGCGAGGCGGAAACCACCACGGCUUAGCGAGAACGGAGGCUGCACCUCUCGCCGAUUUCUCAUCAAUGAAGGACGGCUGGGAAUCGUGGACGUUAACGUUCUUAGCAACAAUCGCUGCAAUCCCCGGGUUUAAACCUUAGGCAUUGUCAGUGGCUGUUCUCCUUAAAAACGAUUUGGCGCUCGAUAAAUAUGUCUGGCUAUUUUUCCAUUUGUGAAAAUUAAUUCAAUGACAGCACAAAUGGAAGUAUUCAAAAAAGGGCGUGGCGUUAUUUGAGAUAUAGAUUGCAUGAAAAUAUUAUUGACGAGAUGGAGGUACAGAAUUUUAAUAAUAAUAAUAAUAAUUUAAUUCUUAUAUUGCGCGCUUUCCAUGAAAUGAUCAAGCGCACAUUACAUGAUUUCUAUCUAUAAUAAUUUAAUACAGGGUAUCUAACUAAUAAUUAUUUGAAAUAUACCAUGAUAAAAUUAAAAUAUACAACAUAUGUUAAGACACUGGUAAUUAUCGUGAUAAAAAUUAAUAAAAAGCUUCCCUAAAGAGGUGCGUUUUCAGAUGACACUUAAAAAUCCCUAAUACAAUCCAGAGUGCCGGAGCUGCGACCUAAAAUGAUCUGUCUCCUAAUGUAACCCUACUUCUGUAAGUUGGCGUUGUAAGCAACAAAUCGUCCGAGGAGGAUCUUAAAUGAUAAUUUCCUGAUCUUUUAAUUGACACAAGUUCUCUUAAAUACGUUGGCGCGAAUCCAUGGAUGACCAUGAAAACAAAUAGUAGAAUCUUAAAACUAAUGCGUUGCCUAACCGGUAGUCAGUGUAGCUCGUACAGCAACGGAGUUAUGCGACAGUAGGGAGUUUAAGAUACGGAGACUACGGACUACGAACUACGGCUGGACGAGCGUUGUCGUUUGUUUGUAGCACUGGGUUGAGUCGCGCAAAUAUAGAACAUUAAGAUUCCACUACAGACGGCAGACUACGAGAGAAGAGGCGGAGAGGGAAACAACACGAAAAAAUUUUCUUGUUUUCACCACAGUUCACAAAAAUGCAAGUCAGUUUUGCAUGUGAUCUUAUCUUUAGAACAAUGAGCAAAUUCUUCCAUACUUGAAGGAAGCAAUUACGUACAAGUCGAUUCGCGUACAAGUUGAUUCGCCUACAACUUUACUCCUUGUUCCAUCACCGUAGCUCGGGUGAAAUUGGUAAACAAAGUUUUGGUUGCACAGGUUUUAUUUUUUUCGCAUAUGAAUACUUAUGUAAAAUAUUAAAGAAAUAGACAGAAACAGUAAUAGCUCAUUUAUUAGAUUUAGAAGAUGGACUUCUCCCACUACUGAUCUGAUGUAGUUUGAAGUAUUGAAAUGCCCAGUUUCGAUUGUCUCGAAGAUGUUUACAUCAUUUUCAUUCAGCAAAUGCGAUACAAAAACGCGCAUAAACAAAGGUCACUCAAGUAGAAAGACACACUAAUCAGUUCGAACAAACAUUGAAACUUUUCAAGUGUGAAGAGAAAGUAAAUUACCUGCAUGAUUUCUCUUCUCCUCGGCCAUCAAUCGGAAUUCUGCGUAUAAACAGCUAAGCUUCUUUAAAUAUGAGCUUAGCUAGAUAAAAAUGUAGUCACAACGGUGGAUUAAAAGCGUAAAUCUGAGCAGAAAUUAGACACAACUUACAUAUUUCGCUUUCCUCUCACUUAAAGCAGACAAAUUGAACCUUUUUUACGAAAAGACGAGAUUCUUGAAUUACCGAGACGGCAAAAUACGAGCAAAAUGUUCUCCGUAGUCCCGACUACGCGAAACAGCUCAACAACUCACCGUAGCCGCAGGACUACGCGGGAAAAAUGAACAGUCACGUGGUUUUGAUCAUGCGCAGUAGCAUGUUUAUCCGUAGCCGUAGUCCGUAGUCGGAGUAUCUUAAACUCCCUAGUAGCGUGGCGCGCGACAAACUAGUCUUGCUGCGGCAUUUAAAACGCAGUGAACCUUAUUCGGGUGAGAAGCUGGCAAGCCAUAUAUAACAAUUAUUCACCGAAGUGGAGGUCGCUAGUAUUAGAUAUUUACCGAGGCCUCGAAGCGGUGAGGUAAAAUAUCCACUACUAGCCACCGACUCUGAGGUUAAUAAUUGUUUUAGUAUAUACUAAAACAGUGAGAUAAUUGAGCACAAAAUGAUGAUUUUUAACUCAUUUACUAUUGCCAACGAUUACAAUUUUGGCGCGCGAUGACCGAACGGCCGCGGUCGUCGCUUUUUCUUAGCGAAAAAUUAAACUUUUGAAGGCGUUUGUUUAGUUCUUGUGGGGAAAUUUCUUCAAAAGGAGUUGUGAAUUCUGUUUGUAUUUAAAAUAAUUCUGUAAAAAAGAUUAUUAAAUUUAGUUUUAAGCUUAUUUAUGAACAAGUCAACUAAGUAAAGUAACGCAAGACUUAAGCUUAAUUUGCAUUUGUAAACAAAAAACUUUUUCACCGGUUUUAUCGAUAACUAUUCAAGUCAAAAAGACAAGGCUUUACCUGUUAAAACUUCCAAACCGAACUUCGUCACCUUCUUGAUGUAUUUCGGAAAUAGCUUGCUUGAUUUGGUGUGAAAUUUCUUAGUUGCUUGUUUAGUUGUGAAAUUUCUUAGUUUGUUACGGCAGCAGACCGGGAAAGCAUUUUGCUCGCAACCUACUCGAGUUUGGCGUCGCUCGCUGGGAGGAACUGGAGGUGAAUCAGUGAAUAGUGCAGGAUAUUCACUGAUUGAGUGGCCAAUCAGAGCGCGCGAAAAACACUAUCCACUGUUUUAGUAUAUACUGAAAAAGACUGUUACAAUAAUCUACGCGCGAUGUAACAAACGCAUGUAAACCUAGGGAUCCGACUUAUAUUAUGCAAAUGUUAAAAUGCCGAGGCGCAUUGCUUACUUAUGUGGAAUGACAUAUCUAGAUUACGAUCAAACUAUGACCCAAGAUUUCGCACAACUGAUUUCGCCUCUACGACUGUGUCACCUACAGUAAUAUCAUUCAGGUUGACAUUCUGUAACUGUUGCCUUGUACCUAUAAGCAACAGUUCAGUCUUAUCAUCGUUUAACAUCAGUCGGUCUUUAAUCAUCCAGUUCCUCAAGUCAUGUAUGCAGUCACGCAUACAAUCAAUUGACUUGACAUAUGUUUAUCUAUUUAAUCUUUUUUACUCUUUUUCUCUAGCUUUGCUUGUGAGCUAUUUGUACAUAUAUAAAAUAAUGUAACCACUGCUCGCCUUGAUUAGCUAAUCUGCUUACUGCGGGCAGUGGAUAUUCUUCGUUUUCACUGUCACGCAAUAAACACGGCACAAAAAAAUACAUUUGUUAUAGAAGACUAAUAUAUAAACAAUUUGUCCAAAUCUCAGGUCUUUGUGGCCCACAGUUUCUGAGUUAGUUGCCGAAACAUUUCACGCACCUUUGUAGAGCUUUGUAUGGAGACGCCAUAUUGGUGGACAGAAACUGUCCACCAAUAUGGCCGCCGGAAAUCAACAAAAACAUCUGGAGUUCACUUUUUCUAUAAAAGCUCCUCCUUUUCACUCGAGAACUAGCAUACUUGCGCAUAAACAUAUCUUCUAAUACUUGAAAUGGUUAAACUGCUGAAAAUCAAGCGAAGAGACUUUUUUCAAGGAGAUAGCAUUCCUUUUUUGGUGUCACGCACUGUGAAAACUCGGAAGUUCAAACUGCUGUAUUUUCGAAAUGAAACAUGCUUCGGGGCUGGAAACUUGUACAAAGAUUUAUUUCCUAUUAAUCUUCAACCUAGUGUAAAUAAGAAUUCUUAAAACCUCGCUUUUUUGACUUUGCAAUCUGAUGACGUCACCGUGAAAACCAUCAAUUGCUUGCUGUAAAAUUUGAAAUAAUUAAUAGACAGUUGUAAUCUCCAGACCGAUAAGAUUCUGUCAACAAUGGGCUGCCCAAGACGCGUUUAGGUUUGCGGAGGAGCUUGGUAUCGAGCUUAAUUUCGAGCAUCACCGUACAGUUAAGACGGAACUGGGAAAUUGUCAAGUAGAGAGCGGGGGUGAGGCUAGAAGAGGAAGUUAGUAGUCAGCGAUGGCAGGGAAGUCUAGUUACAGCUAGGCUAUAGGACGAAAAAUUGAGCGCUAGUGGAUCCUCUCGGUGGCUGACAGAGUGGAAGUCCUGUCCAACACAUUUAAUUGCCGGCAUGUUUGAGGUGUACGAACAAACUAUUACCAACUCGAUUAUAUGCAAGUCAGAAGACCCAUAUAUGUUCGGACCGCAAGGUGUUUUACAGAUUGUGUCGUAAGGCCAUAGAAAGUGUGACUCGCAUCUUGUUUGGGUGCGGUGCGCUGGUUCAGACCAAGUACCUUUCCCGACACGACUCUACCUUAAAGAUACUUUUCUACGAGAUGCUGCAUGACCUGGGACUCAUAGAUGAAGUUCCAUCCUGGUACUCUCCGGCCAAGCCAAAACCUGUAUACGAGUCGGAUGACAUGCAAGCUUACUGGGACGUGCCAGUUUUUGGAAAUCAUGAAGAGGUGAAAUGCAACAGAGUUGACGCCCAAAUCGUCAACCACAAGACUAAGCGGGUUAUUACACUCUAGACGAGCUCUCUGUGGGUCAAAAACAAAGAGAAGAAGAACGAAGAGAAGACCGUAAAGUCUGCCCCCCCCCACCCCCUGUCGGGAAUUAAAACAGCAGUUCUCUGGUUAUAAGGUGAAAAAGCACAACAUCAUCAUUGAUCCCCUUGAUGGGUGGUCACAGGAGAUGGACACUACAAUAAGAAAGAUUGUGGGGAGCAGAAGUAAAGAGGUGUUAAAAAGAAUGCAGGAGGCGGUGCUGUCGGGCACGUCCAAUAUUGACCGGACGAUUCACUGUUACCGAACGAUUCUUUGUUGUUGUUGUUGUUGUUGUUUUUUUAUCUUGUCUAAGGCCAUGUUUGGAUUCUUUUUUUGUGAUGAUAUAUAACGCAAAUCACGAGACGAGUGAUUUGUAAUUUUUAGGGUGUAUCAGAAUAGAUGUAGAUAUUUUUAUAGAUAUUUUUUUAUCAUUAUGGUUAUAUUUCUUGUUAACGCCUAGGCUCACAGGUUACGCUGUGCGCCCUGUGUAGCUUUUAAAGCUUUUAGCAUCCAUUUGAGAACUCUGCAUAACAGUAAUAAUAAUAAUGAUAAUGUCGAGCUAGAUUCGCAGCUACCGCUAGCAGUCUGCGGACCGGAACAAGACGAAUUUACUUUAGGGUCUGUAUCUCUAUCAGCUUUUUCCUUUUAUUAUUUUCCCAGUAGGUCACAGCAGUUGCCCCGGACAUCGAUAUGAUUCCCAGGCAUUUCUUUACUCGCUGGUUAACAAGCCAGGAUGGGCGCCUGUAAAAUUGCCUCAGACAGGGCAGUAUAGUUAUUCCAAAGCCCACUCCAUAUACGACUGCUCAGAUCAUGGACCUACGUUCGGAUAUGGCUGGGACAUUUACUUUAGUGGAAGUACCUAUAGUACCUACAUUGGCUAUACUUACAACGCACCAAGUGGGUACAAAUAUGGAGACACCUUUACCUACACAUUCCUGCACGGGGGUAGUGAUCAAUACUUUACACCAGACGAAAUGGAAAUAUUUUACGAAACAACUUAA